AUGGGCAAGAAGAAGGCCUUCAUCGAGGACCGCGCCUCCGCGGCGCACUUCCACCUCGUCCACCGCUCGCAGCGCGACCCGCUCGCGGCGACCGCUUCUCAGCACGUGCUCACGCCCGCAGAGAUCUCUGCCAACCUGGGCCGCGCGACGAGCGAGCGUGCGUCGCAGUCGACGCGCGCGUGGGCCGCCGAGCAAGACCUCGAGGGCUUUGACAUCGCCGCGCACGACGCGGGAGCCCCCUCCAGCUCAAAGGACAGCGCGGACGGCGGCGCCGCAGCAGGCGGCGCUCGGGCGCUGUCGGCGGCGCAGCAGCGGGAGCUGCUCGAGUACGGUCUCAACCCGGCGGACAACUACGACUACCUUCGCCACCUCGCUCCGAUGGGAGGGGGCACCUUCGUCCCCGCCGACCAGCCAGCGCCAAAGUCGGAGGCGGGCUUCUCGACGCUCUCGCGGCUGUCGCGCACGACGCGUGCGUCGCGCGCGUCGGUGGCGGCCGAG